AGCAACCGUUACUAAAAAAUGCAUUUUCAUAGCAUUUUUAGUUUAUUAAAAAAAGAAAUAAGUAAAAUCAGAAUGCCGCAUAAGCAGAAAGUAUUUAUUGGCGCUUUAGUAGUAUUAAGCAGUGUUCUUUCGCUAAAUGCUCACCCAAUGUAUGAUGGACCAUCACCAGCGGUAUUAUUGAAGGACAUGCCAAGAACACAGCGUCAAGUGGUGCAACCCACUUGGCUAGUUGAUAAAAGACGUCCAGCAACUCCUUCAGAGGCCAACGUACGCAUAACAGCGCAGAAUUUGCAAGAGGCGGCUGAACUGCGUGAAGAAAUUCGUAAAGCGGUUGAAGAAGGACGUUUCGCUGUAGAUGUCGAACAAGAUUCUUCCACAUUCAUUGAGGAGGGAAAUUUUCAGUCACAAUCGGUGCCGCAGCCAUUGGGUCCAUUCUCAUCCAAUCAACCUCAAUGGUCAUUUCCGUGGAUACCCAUGGAACAGUUUCGGUCACAACAGCCACAAUCCAACAUAAUGCAACGUAUGUGGAAUGACUUUAUGGAGAAUACGCGUCGAGUGUGGGAAAGGAAUUAGUUACAUAUUCGUUUUUGUUUUGAAAAAAUUGUAAACAGCAAAAAGCAGGGCCUCUGAAAUUAACUUAAAAAGGAAAAAGUA